AAAAUAAAUACAUAAUUAAACCUCACUGACAAGGACCUCAAUUAUAAAAUCUACUCAAACUGGCCUUCUAAUUCCUAAGUUCUUAUUUAGGUUUUUUUCUCAUAUUUGAUGGAUAGAACUAAUUCUGUCAGUUCAAAAGAAGCUGCCUUCUUACAUGUUACAAACCCUCAAAACAAUGGUAUUCACCUAGAAAUGCAAGGUACCAAUUGUAGACAGCCUCAAAACAGCAACAUAACUGGACUCCGGUCACCGGAUUCCGGGGAGAAUUCAGAUGGAAAGUGGGCAUCAAGGUUGCUUAUAGAGUGUGCCACAGCCAUGUCUGAGAAGGACUCUACUAAGAUCCAUCACCUCUUAUGGAUGUUGAAUGAACUUGCAUCUCCUUAUGGAGAUUGUGAUCAAAAGCUGGCUUUCUAUUUCUUGCAAGCCCUCUUCUGUAAGGCCACGGAUUCCGGCCAACGAAGUUACAAAACCCUAAUUUCAGUAGCAGAAAAGAGCCACUCUUUUGAUUCUGUCAGGAAAUUGAUACUGAAAUUUCAAGAAGUGAGUCCUUGGACAACUUUUGGCCAUGUUGCAUCAAAUGGGGCUAUAUUGGAAGCCUUAGAAGGUGAGAAAAAACUUCAUAUAAUUGAUAUCAGCAACACUUUGUGUACUCAAUGGCCAACUUUGUUGGAAGCCUUGGCCACAAGAAACGACGAAACGCCCCAUCUAAAGCUUACUGUGGUUGUGACAACGAGCAUCGUGGAAUCCGUAAUGAAGGAGGUAACUCCAAGGAUGGAGAAGUUUGCAAGGUUAAUGGGGGUGCCCUUUGAGUUUAGGGUAAUGAAUGGCCUAAAUUUCUUGGGCGAGUUAACAAAGGACAGCCUAGGUGUUCAAGAAGAUGAAGCUAUUGCAGUAAAUUGCAUUGGAGCACUGAAAAGAGUUGAUGUGGAAGAAAGAAGGGCUUUUAUUCAAAUGAUCCAAAGUCUUAGGCCUAAAGUUGUGACUGUUGUGGAAGAAGAGGCUGAUUUCUCAAGCUCAAGAAAUGACUUCGUCAAAUGCUUUGAAGAAUGCCUUAGAUUCUACACAAUCUAUUUUGAUAUGCUAGAAGAAAGCUUUGCACCUACAAGUAAUGAGAGGUUGAUGCUAGAGAGAGAGUGUUCAAGAAGCAUAGUUAGUGUAUUGGCUUGUGAUGAUGAAGUUGAUUGCGCAGGAGACAGUGAGAGAAGAGAGAGAGGAAGCCAGUGGUCAGUGAAGCUCCGGGAGGCUUUUGUCCCGGUCGGAUACAGCGAUGAUGUUGUCGAUGAUGUUAAUGCACUUCUAAAGAGAUACCGGACCGGAUGGUCGCUUGUGCUACCUGCAGGAGCAGAUGAUGUAGGAAUAUACUUGACAUGGAAAGAGGAACCUGUGGUAUGGGCAUCAGUAUGGAAACCCUAAUACCAGACAUCAAGCAUUUCCGGUUCUAAUAGACCUUUUGUGGUUCGCCCCAACAUUCCUCACUCAUCGUGAUUUAUAGAUGUCCCGAUCGAGCUAUUCUCAAAUUUGAUACAAUGCCAUAUCGUUAUAAUUGAAGCUAUAAAUAUAUAGUAGUUGAGCUUUCCUAAAGUUUUCCUUGUGUUUUUCUUUUUCUGAAUGAUCAGCAUGCUUGAAUUCUUUCCA